UAAUAAUUUAGAUCAAGCGGAUAUUUCAUUUGGAUUAGUUUGUGUAAUACUAAUUCUAAUGGUAUUUUUAUCUACACUAUACGAUCACUUGAGGAAUUACUCCAAUGACAAAUUAGUAGAAAGAUCUCCUAUAACAUCAUUACUGCUCACCUUUUCAUUAAAAGGCAAUCUAAAAAAACUACCUUUUUGCGAUGACACAAACCAAGCUUUGACAAUUUUAUAUGGAAUGAGAGUAAUUUGUAUAUGCAUGAUCAUUAUGGAUCAUCGUUUUGGAACCCACCUAGCAUCUGGAGUUUUGAAUUUUGAUAUGGUAGAAAACCAAUAUAGGUCUCCUGUGGGCAGUAUGUUUUUUCACGGCGACGUUUUCGUGGACUCGUUUUUCAUUUUAAGUGGAUUGCUAGGAACUUACUGCCUUCUUAGUCAAUACGACAAAAGAUUUAUCAAUCCAGGAUUGCUAGUCUUCAUGAGAUAUAUCAGAUUAACACCCGUAUAUGCCAUGGUUAUAUUUUAUUAUGCAACUUAUUUUAAAUAUUCCGGGAAUGGUCCAAUGUGGAAAACUAUCAUUUAUCCAGAAGUAGAAGAUUGUAGAAAUAAUUGGUGGACAAAUUUGCUGUAUAUUAAUAAUUAUGUCAAUGUAGACAAAAUAUGUAUGGUGCAUUCAUGGUACCUUCCAUGUGACUUCCACUAUUUCAUGAUCGCAGUAAUUUUAUGUAUUAUAAUUUACAAGAACAAGAGGGCAGGGUUAAUUAUUCUGUCAAUGGUAACGUUUGUAUCUAUUAUCAUACCUUUCCUCAUAAUUUACCUCUACCAACGAUCAGCUGUGAUAUACUUUUAUCCAGAUUUUUUAAGAAUGCCGAAACAGCAAGACGAUUUUAUAAUAGCAUAUUCAAAAUCACAUGCAAGAGCGUCGCCAUAUUUUAUCGGAAUGAUUGCUGGAUAUAUAUAUUACAAAAUGCGUGAUUCGGAGAAAUGUCUUAAAAAGAUUUACUCACACAUCAUUCUCCUAGGAUCUCUAGUACUCAUGAUAUCAUCAAUUCUAACCGGCGUGAUCUUCUAUGAUCCUAAAUAUGAAUACAGCCCUGUAGACUCUGCUCUAUAUGCAGCUAUACACAGAGUUGCAUGGUCAGUAGGAACCAUAGGAGUUCUUUAUGUAGCAAGUUAUGGUCACGCAAAAUUAAUCUACAGCUUUUUGUCUUGGAAGCCGUGGGUUCCGAUCAGCAAAUUGGUGUAUGGUGCCUACUUGACACAUAUGCAGUUCCAAAUGAGGGCCGUCGCUCGAAAAGGUGGUUCAGACUCUAUAACUUAUUUUGACAUUAUCAGCUAUUCCUUAUCAGAUAUUGUACUGGCAUUUGCGGCAGCAUUUGUAUUAUAUCUAGCUGUGGAAGCACCUUUUAGGAAUAUUUUCACCUUACUUCUAGUGCCUUCAAAAAACAAGAAAAAGAAACCGAAACCGAUUGAAAAUCAAGAAAGUGUUAGUGAAGUUACCUGUGAUAGUCAUUUGUAAAUGAAGCUCAAUUAACGGCUUUUCUUAGAUUAAUAGAAAAUAUUUAUUUUACAUAAUAUUUAAUAGAGAACUUAACUAAAAACGUUAGUAAUGUAUUUUUUACGAAAUCAACGUUAAUCUGAAAUCGUGUGGUAGUAUCUAAAUAUUAAUUCAGAGAUAUUUCAUUUAUCAGUAAUAUAAUAGAAUCGUGCAAAUUCAAAAAUAUUAAUAAAUUAUUU